CAAACCCCAAAGAGCCUCUUCCCAGCCCCGAACCUGCCCGGCCCGGGAAUUUCUGCCUCCCCUGCCCCGGAACGGGGCUGGGACAGCAGCAGUUUGUGGGGAUCCCAGCGGGCUGGGGAGAGGGGGUCCCGGGGGAAGGGAAUGAGGGGUUCCCGGGGGGAUCUGGGGUUCCCAAGGAAAGGAAGAGGGCUUCUUUGUGGGAAAGAGGAGUUCCCGGGGCAGGGGAAAAAAGGAUUUCCCAGGGGCAGGGAAAAGGGGUUCCCAGCAGGAAAGAGGGGUUUAUCAGGGAAGGGGAGACCAGGAAAUAUAGGGUUCCUGGGGCACGGGGGGCAAGGAAAAGAGGGUUUCCCAGGUAUCCCAGGGGCAAGAGGGUUUCCCUGGGGAAAGAGGGGUUCCCAGGGCAGGGAAAAGGGAGUUGCCAGCACCGGGACCCUGCAGCUGGGGGUGGGCUUGGGGAGGGAGGAAACCCCCCCCCCGGCAACCAGCGGGAUGCAGGAGCUGCAGGGAGGGACAGAGGGUGAGUGCCCAGGCUGGAUCCUCCCCGGGCUCUCCCAGGGCUGGGAGACAACUGGGCCCACCAGCACCUGCAGGGAACUGGAGCCACUGGGAACCUGCCCGGCCCUGGGGGGAAAGGACUGGAAGAGCCUGAGAGACUUGGGCUUCUCCAGGCUGGAGAAGAGAAGGCUCCCAGGAGACCUCCUGGUGGCCUUCCAGGGUCUGAGGGGACCUCCCAGAAAGCUGGGCAGGGGCUUGGGAAGGUGGGGGGAGUGGGAGGACUAG